AAAAAAAAAAAAAAAAAAAAAAGGAAAAGGGUCCAGUUAUCAUCUUCCUCGGCUUGUAAGCGAGGCACAAAAAACGGCGCGCUCCCGGUGUCUUGUUUUCUUUUCUCAGAAACGAUUCUCUCCUUUUCUAUUCAUCAGAACGAAGCCAAUACACAUUUCGCAGUCCUUCGAGGUUGAGGACGACUUAUUGGGAUUCUAGGGUUCCGAUUGGCUUUGCGAUUCCGGUCUCAUUUACUCUCUUCGCUGCCGUUCUGAUAUCGUAAGAUCCUCCACUCAUCCCGAACUGUCACAUUCUAAGUUGCUGUUGUUUGUUGGUGGAGAAAAGUUAAUAGAUUUGGAUCAUAGAUAGAUUUGAGGGGGAAAAUGGAAGGAGAGGAGGGAGAAGGGCUAAGGCUGAGCAAGAGAUUUUCAGAAACAAGUAAAAGCGGUGAGGUCGAUUACAAGAUGAAGGCGGGGACAGCGUGGAGCCACUCAUACCUCAACCAGAAGCCAUGGCAUCCUCUCUCCUACCCGAACCAACGCCGCAAGUGGAUUGCAGAGCAGACCCACGCCAAUCGCCACCGUCGCUCGGAGGAGGUCUCUCGCGAGUAUGCUCAAGAGCAAGAGUUCUUUCGGCAGACGGCUCUCGUCUCCAAGAAAGAAAAGGAAAAGCUGGAGAUUAUGAAAGCCGUUAGCUUCAUGUAUGUUCGGCCACCUGGUUACAAUGCUGAAAGUGCUAAAGCAGCAGAGAUUGCUGAUGAAAUCAAAACACAUGAGCAGGAAAACCCUUCCCAAGACCCAACCACAAGUGGGACGUCCACUUCAAUGCCCCCGGAAUCCAUGCCUGGUAGAGAUCACUUAGUCAGGGAAGAGAAGAAGAAACCAAGGCCAAAAGAUGUUUUUGGGCGCUCCUUACCAACUGAAGAAGAAUUUGAAGUUUUGAAAAAUGCUCCACGAUUGGAGACUGGUGUUCCUGCAAGGGUGAAACCAUUUGGAGUUGAAGUGCGCAAUGUGAAAUGCGUUAGAUGUGGAACUUAUGGUCACCAAAGCGGUGAUCGUGAGUGUCCAUUAAGAGAUGCUAUAAUGCCUAAUGAAGAGAGUCGAUUGAAAAGAGAUGACCCCAUGACUGCUAUUCUUGCCCACACAGAUCCUAGUGAGCCUCUAAAGUGGGAGCUAAAGCAAAAGCCAGGAAUUAGUCCUCCUCGUGGAGGCUUUAAACCAGAUGACCCCAACCAGCAAAUAGUUGCCGAGGACAUAUUUAAUGAGUAUGGAGGCUUCCUUAGCGGGGGUAACAUUCCGGAGUUGCUGACCAACUUCUCAAGCAAAUCCAAGAAGUCCAAGAAGAAGAAAAAUCACAAAAAGCAUCAAUUUUCAUGUGAUAGUGAUAGUGAGGAGUUGGAAGAAGAUGAAUCCUCUUCUGCUUCCGAGGAUGGAGAGAGGCGGCAAAAGAAAAGAAAACAUAAGAGGAAGAACAAGAAGCAUAAUCAUUCUGAAUCGAGUUCCUCAGAUGUUGAGUUGUAUAGGCAUAAAGAAAAGAGCAACCGCAAGUGUUACUCGUCAGGGGAAUCUGAUGCUGGCCGGCAUCAUUCUAGUACUGGAAAAAGAAGAAAGCAUUCGUGUUCAUCUGAAGAUUCUGGCAAGGAUAGGCAUCAUAGAAGUGACAAAAGGAGGUGCAGGCCUAUGAAAUCUUUACCAUCAAAGGAUUCGAAUUUUGAUAGGCAUUAUAAGAGCAGAGACGAGUGUUCCCAUUAUUCGUCCGAAGAUUCGGACCGCAAUGGUCAGUCUACAAGUAAGGGCAAGCAAAAGCAUUCUUAUUCACGUCAACAUUCCGAAACCAAGAGAGAGAAUCACAGCAGCAAGCAAAAGAGUAGACGGGGGAAUGAACAUGAGCAUUCACGUUUAUCUGUGUAUUCGGAGUCUAACCAACACCGGCGUAACCAACACCGGCGUAGCCAUCACCGUCGUCAUCAUCGGUCAGAGCCUUAGUCAAAAUGAGAGAUUUAUCGGUGAUUCACAACAAAAACUGCUCUGGCUGAGCAGGUGUCGUAGACCUGGAGCAGAAAAGGUCAACACUUAUGCUAUGUUUGGUAGGAAGGAAAGAAUAUAGGAUAAAAAAGAAAUAUGAAAGUGA